AUGCGCUUCACACCUCUCAUCCUCACCGGCCUCUUUGCCCUCACGGCCAGCGCCCAGAACGCCACCACGUCGGCUUCGUACCCUGUGAACUCGGAGCAGGCCGCCAUCACCAAGUGCAUAGAGGCGUGCGACGCCGGCGACGUUUCUUGCACGAGCAAGUGCAUUGCUGUUCCUAACCCUUCUGAUUCGGAUGUCAACGCAACCAACGACUGCGUAACCGCCUGCCCCAAAGGCAGCGGCACCGACGCCGACAACGCCGCCUACCAAUCCUGCGUAGAAGGUUGCAUCAGCCAGCACUACUUCACCGCCACCACUGGAGCCGCGGGCGUUGUCGUCGCCAACCCCACCGGUACCGCUCUUUCUGAUUCUGGUACCACUGGUGUCACUCGCACAAACGUCGUGGUGGUCAGCACCAUGGUGAGCGGAUCUUUUACCACGACGAUUACGAGCACUAGUGCGGCUAGUGGUGCUGAGCCUACUGAGACGGGAAGUGAUGAUGACAACAAGGGUGAUACUAGCACGGCGUUGGUGGAGAGCACGAGGAGUGCGGGUGGUGCAGCUGGACGGGCUGCUGGGGCUGUGGGCGGGUUGGGAGGGUUCCUUUGGGCGGUGGCGGCUUUGCUUUAA